AAACACACAGCAGUUUUCACAACUUAUAGCCGCCGUGGAAGCGUCACACACUCCUCGGAGGAACCUUUUCUUUCUUUCUUUCCUCCAUGUGACCCUAUAAUGGAGCUCUGAAAGUGCCUCCUCUGACAUCUCUGGAAACACCAUCAACAGGCUGAGAUGGAAGGGUUUUGACGUGCGCUAGCCCUGGGGUUACAUUAUGGUUCUGGGCCGAGCUGCCAACAUGAGUUUGAUGGACAUUUCCAAGAUCUUCUCCCUGCUGCAGCCCAAGGAGGAGGAUGAAGACAACGAGCAGUGUCAGGCCCUCAACAACGCCGUGAGCGGCGACAAUGUCACCCUGCUCUCUGAGCUGCUGUCUCAGGAGAAUUACAGGAAGUGCAUCAACGUUCGGAGCGGGUGGGGGGUCCCGGUCACCCCCUUGCGCACUGCCGCCGCUCUGGGACACCUGAGAUGCCUGGAGUUGCUGCUGGAGCACGGUGCAGAGAUUGACAGUUUGGAUGUGAAGGCCCAGACGCCUCUGUUCACAGCUGUCAGCGGGAAACAUCUGGACUGCGUGGUCGCCCUGCUCAAGGCUGGAGCCGAUCCCAACGGCAGCCAGUACAACAACUGCUCCCCGGUGCUGACUGCGGCCCGAGAGGGCGACGUGGACGUGCUCAGGGAGCUGCUGCACUUCGGGGCCGAGGUGGACGUCAAACCCAAAGUCCCCGAGUGGGCCUCCAACGCCACGGCCUGCAGAGGGCCCCUCUACAUCUCGGCUGUGUACGGACACCUGGGCUGCUUUAAACUGCUCCUCCUUCACGGGGCCAACCCCAACUACAACUGCACGGACGACAAGAUGCUGGCCAGGAUAAAGCAGCCAAAGACAGUUCUGGAGGUGUGUCUCCGUUACGGCUGCGGGGUGGAGUACAUCCAGCUUCUUAUAGACUUUGGGGCGGACGUGUACCUGCCUACGCUCAUCAUUGACAAAACCACAAAGCAGAAUGAAGCUCUGGUUCUGCUGCUCAAGGAAAGAGUUUGCCCCAAAACACUGAUGUCACAGACUCGACUGGCAAUUCGAAGCUACCUCCCGUUUGCGCACAAAGAGCCCGCAAUUGACAGAUUGGACAUUCCUCUGAUCCUGAGGAACUACUUGAAGCAUGACACCUCUGAAGUCAUGUGACGCUCGAGCUGGCAUCAGAUUACACGGCCGGUGCCUGUUUUUCUUAUCUUAUCUUUUUUUUUUUUUUUUCUACAUCAGCGCUCAUGUCAGGAUGACUAAUUUCUACAUUUUCCAUAUCUUCCCACAACCAGGACAAGAUAAAGGACCGCUUUUAGUGUGUAAUAAAAAGUUUACAUAGAGUUUUUUUUUUUUUACAGCUCUAUUAUAGACACGUCUUCUACCAACAAAGAAAAAGGAUCACCCUGAAGGACUCCAUGUUGGAAAAUGUGCCCCGUCCUCGGAGGUUGUAACACCGAGGCUCGCCACUAGAGACCACAGUAACACUGCGCAUUGUGCUGGUACAAAAUCAAGUCUUCCUGUUGGCAAUUUUGAUCACUUCUAUCCUUUUUUCACUUUUACAUGUGACAUUAAACAACAACAACAACAACAAAGAAGUAAUCUCCCUACAGUAAUUUAGACAUCCAGACAUACAACACACACACACACAAGCUGUCUGCGCUACACCAGGAAGUCUUAGAUCUCUCCUGAAAAAACAGUCUUGCAUCUUUGGACUUCAAAACAUCAGGAAGCAGAGUGAACAGCCUACACUUCAGCACAGCCAACUGGGAGCACACAUUUGCAUAACUCUCAUUACUUAUUGAUUACGGCAUAGUUACUUGCAGGCUACAAUUUGUGGUCAGAAGUUUGUUGAUAUUGCAACUUGUGAACGCCGUACUGAUAAAGUUAUUUAUCUUAUUGCCUUAGAAAAAAAAUUCUCCCCCUUUGUAAUGCCUCCAGGAGUCAGUGUGUCAGCUGUUGGGAACGGACUCCCACAAACAGGAGAUGAUAUCACACGACAGGAAACCCAGCACAAUGCCCUCACUCGCACAUUGACGCCUCGACACGCAGUUCUGUAGAGGUUUUAUUUUCAACAAAAGUACAGCUAUAUCAGAUAUGGAUUUAUUUUUUACAGCGAAGUACAACAUAUUCCCAGUGCUUCUGAUUACAUCAAAACAUAUAAUGUACAUACAGUUAACAUCUCCACUCUCCCAUUCACAGUUUCUGGAUUGAAUAGGCAUUAUUUUUCAGGUUUUUCAUUUCUACAACAAAUAAUCGAACUCAAAAAAAAAAGGCCAGCAAGAAAGAAAAUGACAAAAUGUUUGCAUAUGGUGACAAAAGGAUGUGGAUACCGUGAGUAAAUUGUUCUGUGAUAGGAAAAAAAAAUCCAGACCUGGAACUAGAUGGUAAUAUACAAUGAAUAGUUGUCAAAUGUGGGAUGUCAGUCUUCUGUUAACCUUGUUGUCGCUGAAAAAAAAUAACCACAUUAUGGCUCAUUGAAGACUUGUACCCUGACUAUUCUGAAACAACACAGGACUGCGUGACCACCUGCAAGGAGUUCCUACUGAAGAUGUCGCUUAAAUAUGAGUGAACUAGACCCUGGACUAAAAAAAAGGAAUAACAGAAAUCUGAGCAACCUCUGGUGCAUUCGGGGUUGACAGGCUGCUAACUUGGCUGUCUUGGUUACAUGACCGGAAAGAGAGGGGCGAAAAAAAAAAAAAAAAA